AUGAGCGACGGCCUCACGGUCGUCCCGGCUUCCUCCAUCAAUGGCUACGCCGCGGUGGCCUUCCGUGACGAGCAGGCCCGGGCAGCCGAGCCCGACAAGCUCUCGCUGGCGCGGACUGGGCUGACCACGCUGCCGGUGCUAGAGGGCGAGAGCCGGUUGCGGCUGCUCAACGCCCAGAACAACGCGCUGACUACGCUGGCCCAUCUCGAUGCCGUACCGGCGCUCAUCUUUCUCGACGUCUACAACAAUGCUCUGACCUCGCUGGCGGGCCUCGGCCCGGUGCGCUCGCUCCGUGUCCUCAUGGCCGGCAAGAACAAGAUCACUGCCGUCGACGGCGUCACUGCCGUCACCAAGCUAGACGUCCUGGAUCUGCACUCAAACUGUCUGGUGGCCGACGCCCUGCGCCCGCUCGAUGCCCUUGUCUCGCUCCGCGUCCUCAACCUCGCGGGCAACCGACUCACCUACGUCCCGCCACUUGACGCCCUCACCUCGCUCGUUGAGCUCAACGUCCGCCGAAACCGCAUCACACACAUCCAUCCUCUCGCUGCCAACUCGAAGCUCCAGCGCGUCUUUCUCUCCCAUAACUGCCUUGCCUCGGUCGACGCAGUGGCCUUUCUGAGCGACCUGCCUGUGCUCGACGAGCUCCAUCUCGAUGGCAACCCCUUUGCAGCUGGCUCUGUCCGCGCCGACUACCGUGCCUCUGUCGCCCGCCUCCUGCCGCGGCUUCAGCUUCUCGACGGGACGGAUCUCGAGCCCGCGCCGCCGUCACCCAAAGCGCUCAGUCCUCAGCUGCCACUGGCAUCGACCCCAAACGGCGAACCUCUCCGCGUUCCGGCCUUCUUCCUCACCCCCUCGCCCAGCCCAUCGCCACCUGGCUCGCCAAGUGCCGCGGCAACCGACUCGGACACUGAUGACGACGGCUCGGUUGCCGAUAUUGGCUCUCCUUUCAGCGGUACCCGCCGCAUCCCGCGCAUCCGCAUCCCCACCGUGCCGAUUCCCAUGUCGCCGCCGCCUCCGGCCAGCACAGUUGCCGUUGUCAUGCCGCUUGCUCCGCCUGGCUGCCCAGCCGAGGCACCACAGUCGCCCCCGCAUUCGUCCCCGCGCCCUGCCGUGCCGCCCUUGCGUCCUGCUUUGGACUCGCCGGUGCAGGUCAAGGUGCGCAAGCGGGCCAAGACCGAGUGGCGCGGCGACACGCUGUACAUUGUCGGCUCGACGACCGCGCCGCUCGACAAGGGCCUCGGCCGCGACAAAACCCGCGGGCUAGUGUUUGACAAGACGCCGAUGGCGACCGUGGCGGCGUGCAUGCCGCGGCUCCGCAAGGGCUAUCCGAUGCUGGAGCGGCUCACGCUGGUAAGCAACGGCGUGGCCCGCCUCGCAGACCUAGACUGUCUCGCGUCGCUGAGCCAACUCCGUGAGCUCGAGGUUUGCGAGUCUCCCGUGGUGGGCCUCUCGUUUUCCCACGUUGGGACGCUCGAGCGGCAUCGCGCCGAGCUGAUCUUUGCGCCGGUUCUCGACGUCGUCGCCGCUGACCGCCGCAAGCUCGGGCUCCGCCUUGCACCGGCAAUCGGGCGGGUGCGGCCCGUACCCAACAUCAGCGCUGUGCCGUGCGCCACGCCGAGCUAACCGAGGCCGUCGACCGCGAGUGGGGCGCCGCGGUGGAGCUGGCGCUUGCGCCUCUUUACCAUCACUGAAAACAGCGGCCUACUGGCCAAGCGCGGCCAUGAGCCGCUGGGAAGUAACAAGCUUGACGCCGG